CCAUGACAUAGCGCUUGUUGGCGUGAUGUGUUGACUCCUGGAGGUUUAAUAGUUGACUUGAGUCGCCAAGUCUCCAAAUGAUUGGUGCCAUUAAUUUGGUUUUAUAUUGUUAAUAGGGAAUCUAAAGUUGCCUUUAAAGUUGUAUUGUAAUAUUUCCAAGCAAGAUGCCGCCACGCGUUGAUGACGUAAUGAAGCUGUGCUGUGAACUGUCCGCAAACCAGCAAGUAAAAACCGCGGUAAAGCAGUCUGGAAAAGGAGCAGCGGCCGCUGGUGGUUUGGCUUUUGCAGGAGGCUUAAUAGGGGGUCCACUGGGAAUUGCCGUGGGUGGGGCCGUUGGUGGACUGAUUGGAUGCUGGAUGACAAGCGGACAGUUUAAACCUCUUCCUCAGGUCAUCAUGGAACUGACACCUGACCAGCAGCGCAGACUCUACGAAGAUAUUGCCACCGUUUUAGGCUCAAUAACAUGGACCGAUGUGGCACAGCUGACUGCCCUUGUUAUGGGAAAUGCCACACUACAGCAACAAGUGACCGCUGCUCUUUUGAGCUACAUACAAAAGGAACUUCAAGCCGAAGUGCAUUACGUAGACUGACGUGACCUUGUUUUUAAUGAGAAACGACAUUUCAAACCAUUAUAGUCAUGUGUCAUACGGGUUGAUUGGAUGCUUGAGUACGGUAGUUGAAACUGGUGUACAGCAUAUUAGUAUUGUAUAAAAAUGUUUUUAACUAUAUAUGGUACAUCUGAAUAUGUGAUAUCUUGUUUUCUCCACAGGAUAAAUUGAGUUUUUUUUUUUUUUUUUUUAAUCUUACGAUUAUGACUCUCUCGCAAUUUAGAGUUUAUAUAAAUGCAAUUGUUAUAAAAAAAGAAUCAUACGGGGUUAAAAAAUAGACUACAAAAUCGUGAGAAAUUUCUAAUGGAAAAAGCAAACUAGCAAUUAUGAUAAAAAAAUACAUCCUGAUUGGUGAGAUGAAGAUGGUGACUGAAUUAUAUUUCACAUUUUUUCCCCAUCCCAGAAACAAGCUUCCCUAUGAAUCUGACGCAAUAUCUAUUCUUUGCAAGGCGCAGCUCGUUUUCAGAAAGAUUAUACAUUGUUGAUUAUAUGUGAAUGAUAUUGUUGAAUGCCUUUUUAAAAAUAUUUAAUUAAACACUUUAUUUAUGGUCUGAAA